UUGCGGACGGGUGAGGCGCCGGUGACCCGCAUCGACGAUCGCUCGGUCGACGAGCGCAUCCCCAUCACGCUGCUGACGGGCUUCCUCGGUGCCGGCAAGACCACGCUCGUCAACCGGCUCCUCAGCGCGCCCGAUGCCGGCAAGAUCGCGGUCAUCGUCAACGAGUUCGGCGAGAUCGGGAUCGACGGCGACCUGAUUGCCCGCGCCAAUGAGGACAUGCUGGAGCUCACCAACGGCUGCAUCUGCUGCGCGGCCCAGGGCGAUUUGAUGGACGGGCUCAACCGGCUCUUCCUGCGCAAGACCACGGGAAUCGCCGAUCCCUCGCCGCUGGCCCGGCUCUUCUACACCGACAUGAAGCUCGACCUCACCUUCCGCCUCGACGCGGUGCUGACGGUGGUCGACCUGAAGCAUGUGAUUGGCCAGAUCGCGCGCUCGCCGGAGGCGGAGAAGCAAAUCGCCAUUGCCGACAAGUUGAUCUUCAACAAGCGCGACCUGGUGGACGACGCUGAGUUCGCAGACGCCGUGGCGGCGGUCGAGCGCCUCAACCCCUUCUCGGUCAAGGAAGUCACCACCCAUGGGGCGCUGCCCAUCGACCGGCUGCUGGACCUCGACCUCUUCGAGCCCAAGCGGCGGGACGACAUGGUGGGUGCCUGGAUCGGCGCUGACCAGCCGGCCUCCGCCAGUGGAGAGGCUGGCGAUCAUGCCCACGACGAUCAUGUCCAUACGCCGGGCGUCGGCGCCGUUUGCCUGCAGAGCCGCGAGCCGCUGGAGUGGAAUGCGCUGCUCCGCUUCUUCCUCGAUCUGGCGCAGGAGAAGGGCGAGAACCUCUUCCGGGUGAAGGGCAUGGUGCAUUUCCAGAAUGUCGAGAAGCCGGUCAUAUUCCAGGGCGUGCAGGCCACCUUCAGCCCGCCGACCUAUGCGGAAUCGUGGCCGCGCGGCGAAGUCGAGACCCGGAUCGUUGUGAUCGGCCGCGACCUCGAUGCGGCGGAGAUGCAGGCGCGCUUCGCGGCCUGCAUAGCCAGGCGGGAAACCGUGCUCGACCGCGGCCUCGGCGCCAUCUGA